AUGCCAAGUACGUUGGGAAUCAUCUCAAUGAAGUUCAUCAACGAAGCAGAAGUGGAAAUCAUAAAUAGGAUCAGUGAAAUGGGAAGUGGAACGCUCGAAACAGCCCAUCUCACGCCGGAGGCAAUGGAAGUAGUUGAAGAAUACAAAGUAUUAAUUCUUAUCAUCAUUUUCGAGUUGUGUGAAAGGAGGAAAGGAAACAGGAAUGGGGGAAAAAAGAGAAAGGAGAAAUGUCAAAAUGGUGGAUAUCCCCAUCCACUCAAUUGCGCCAAAUGCGUCUGCCCAGAAGGAUAUGCUGGAAAUCUAUGCAAUGAGAGGCCCAAAGGAAACCCAAAGGAAUGCGGGCAGACAUACAAUGCAUCGACAGAAUGGAGAAAUUUCACGGAUUUCUUAGGCGAUUACAAAGAUCAUGCAAACUACACCAGAUGUUACUACUGGAUUGAAUCUCCUGAAGACACCGACAUUGAAGUAGAGCUUGUGAGCUUCUCCGAAGAACAUGCUCUCGAGGGUUGUCGGAACGCUGGUGUAGAAAUCAAAACAAACAAAAAUCAGCAAGUCACCGGUUACAGAUUCUGUUCUCCAAGCGCAGCAGGAACCAAACUUCGAUCUUAUACCAAUCGAGUUCCUAUAAUAACAUGGAAUAGGGCCUACGUAUCGAAAACGGUUUUGCGAUACCGAAGUGUUUCGAAGUCUGAGCCUCGACCAACUACAGUAAUGCCACUAACCCGCGAGACCCGACCUCCUACCACUACUACUACUACAGCUCCCCCUCCUGUACAAGAGCAGAACAAGUGCGAGGAUCGCCCAGAAUGUCCGGCUCAUAUCGCAAACGGAUUUUGCUAUCGUGAGGGUGUCACGUAUGAACAAAGGAAGAUGUUCUGUCCUCGCGGAUGUAAAUUAUGCGAUAAAUGA